UGGACUGGACUCGAUGAAUCUUGGAUCGUCAGGCUUCUUCGAAGCUCGGAGUUGGUGGUUCGUUGGAAGGCAACGCAAGGUCGUGUUUGCGCCGCAGAUUUAUUUUUCUCAAAGCCUCGAUUUGGAUCCAUCGUUGUGUAAUCCAAUAAUAGCAAAUAGCAAUAAAAAGCGUUCAUCAUGAGUGUGGUGGGUGUUGACUUUGGUUUAGCCAACUCUGUGAUUGCCGCUGCAGGCCGAGGAGGUGUAGAUGUGAUCCUCAAUGGAAACUCCAAUCGAUUGAACCCGUCCAUGGUCGGGUUUGACCAGUGCCGCAAAAUGGGCGAAGAAGCUCAGACUGGAGCGUCCUCUAACUACAAAAACACCAUCAAGCACAUGAAGCGCCUCGUUGGACUUUCGUUUGAUGACCCGACAGCCCAAGCGGAAAUUAAGAAAUGGAUUCCCUUCAACUGCGUGCCAAUCAAGCAUCCCAGUGGAGGCCCCGAUUCCAUUGGUGUCAAAGUCUCGCUCAAUGGAGAAGACCACACCGUCUCGAUUGAAGCCGUGGCUGGAAUGAUGUUGAAACACAUGGGAAUGAUUGCCGCUAGCAAGGCGUCGGAAGCGAGCGACCAUGUCACGGAUCUCACCAAAUUUUUUCCACAGGAUUGGGUCAUUGCCAUUCCCGCCUAUUUUACCGAUUCUCAGCGACGUGGUCUGCAAGUGGGAUGCGAAAUUGCCGGAAUCCAAGUCCAACGACUCAUGCACGAAAACACGGCCACGGCCCUCGCCUAUGGAAUCUUCAAGGAUCUCCGAAAGGAAUUCACAAAGGACAAGCCGACAAAUAUCAUGUUUAUCGACAUGGGGGCAUCUGCGUUUACCGUAUCCGUCGCUGCAUUUGAACCGGGUAAACUCAUUGUCAAGAGCUCCCAUUUUGAUGCCGAUUUGGGCGGACGAGACUUUGAUCUCGUCAUUGCCGAAUGGAUCGCCAAGCAGUUCCAAGACAAAUACAAGGGAAAACUCAGUGCCGACCCCAUGUCCAAACCCAAGGUCCGCCUGAAGCUCAUGGCGGCGGCCGAAAAGGCCAAAAAGACACUCUCCCCGCAUGGAGUCAAAGAAGCGCGCAUCAACCUGGAAUGUCUCAUGGAUGAUUUUGAUUUCUCCACAUCGCUCAAAGCACCCGACUAUGAAUCCAUGUGUGCGCCUCUGCUUGCCAGAUUGGCAGCUCCCAUUGAAAAGGCGCUUGCGGAAACUGGACUCGCCGCAUCGGAAUUGGCCAGUGUGGAAAUUGUCGGAGGAUCGACGCGGAUUGGAUGUAUCAAGCGAGAACUCACGAAAUUGCUGGAUGGACAAACGCUUUCUACCACUAUGAAUGCCGAUGAGGCGGUCGCCCGUGGUGCCGCACUCCAAAGUGCCAUUUUGUCUCCUCGAUUCAAGGUUCUACCGUAUGAAAUCCAAGAAUCGCAGCCGUAUCCCAUCAAAAUCUCGUGGGACCAACAAGCCGGUGUGGAAGAGGAUGCGGAUGCUACCAAUUCGGUCGUCAUGUUUGAUCGGGGACUCAAUUUUCCCAUUGUUCGUCGUGUCACGUUGAAGCGAGCGGGCGAUUUUACCGUUUCCUCGGCGUACGACGACAGUGCUCUGCAGUAUGGGUUACCCACCGGUGCACCACGAGACAUUGCGACGUUUGGCAUCAAGUUGGCUUCUGAUGGUGAGAAAAAGGUGCGUGUCAAUGUCAAACAGGAUAUUCACGGAGUGGUCCAUUUGAGUUCGGCCCAGAUGGUGGAAGAAGUCGAAGAAGGAGAGGAUGCCCCCGCCGAGGCGGAAGCACCCAAGGAAGGUGAAGAGGCACCCGCGGAAAAGAAAAAGAAAGUCAAGAAAACCAACUUGGAAUUCACACAAAGCCGACCUUUGGACUGGAGCAAGGAUCUAAUCAACAAGGCAUAUGAAGAGGAAGUUUCCAUGGCCAACAUUGACCGUAUCGUCAAGGAAACAUCGGAUAUGCGAAACGAGCUGGAAUCGUACAUUUAUGACAUGCGCGACAAAAUCUCGUCCUCUUCUCAACUUGCGGACUAUGCCACGGAUGAGGAAAAGGCAGCAUUCACCACCAAGCAGGAAACUAUCGAAAACUGGCUGUAUGAAGAUGGAUUUGACGCGACAAAGUCUGUAUACGCGGAGAAGCUGGCAGAACUCAAACAACUAGGAGGUCCCAUUGAAACCCGAUCCGUCGAAGCCUCCGGUCGACCCGGCGCCCUGUCUGCUCUUCAGGCGAAUUUGGAACGCUACAAACAGUGGGUGAACCAAUCUCAGACGGAUGCAAAAUAUGCCCAUAUCACUGACGAGGAACGCGGUACUUGCCAUGCAAAAUGUGACGAAGUUUCAGCCUGGAUGUACGACUUGAUGGACAAGCAAGGCGGCCUUCCUAUGAGUGCUGAUCCGGUGUUGAAGGUGGGAGAUAUCAACUACAAGAGUCGUGAUCUCAACAAUGUUUGCAGUCCCAUCAUGCGCAAGCCUGUGCCGAAAAAGGAAGAACCAAAACCUGCCCCAGAGCCAGAAAAGAAAGAAGCAGAGCCCGAGACCAUGGAAGGAGUGGAACCAGAGGGAGCGAAGGAUGGCGAUAAACCCGAUGCCCCAGAGGACAAAAUGGAAGAAUAAAUUCUUUUUUUGCCUGUUGGUGGGAAAAUUCAUGAAAAACCUAACAAUCAGCAUGGUCUUCGAGUUGUCUUUUCCCGUGUCAGCGGUCGUCUCGUGGAUAUCUCUUGUUCUAGCGUCGUUGGAGUUGCGCUACGCGCACUAGUCCAUCUCGUUGGCUCUCCUGUGCAGAUGUAGAUAGAUUUACUAAAUAGUAGCAGUCGGAAAGUUGGCUGUGUCUUGCGAGGAUUUUUGGAGGUGCCUCCUGAACGAGCCUAAUAACGGAGGUCGGUGUAGUGAUGUUUUUCAGUGCACGAGCCAUGACGAUAUCAACAACGAUAGGUUGCCAAGUCUCUACAAGCUUUUUUAAAAGACAUAGCCCCAUUUUUUGCUGGUGAGUUCAAUCUGAGCUUUCUGAACCUCUUUUGCUAUGGUUGCGGUUGCAGAGAGGCUGCAACAAGGACGGAAGGAAAGGGUUCACUAGUUACUGCUGUGGUACCGGUACAGGAGGGUUCUGGCUCCAUCCAAGAAUCAUCUUUUCGUCCACUUGCUUGUGGGGGGGUUGGAAUUGGCGGUAGAGGCUGGCAACAUUUGUUUGACUCGACUGGGCAUCGGGACCAUGAACUCCCGUGGGUGCUCUGGCUGAAAGGUCGCCGAACUGGGGCGCUGUGACUUCACCGGGGGAGAGUUCUGCGUCUCGUCUAGAGCCAAGCAAUCCACGCUUCUUCCUUUACCAACACUGUGUCUGGUUAUCUGCCAUUCUCGUGCAUCAAUCUUGCUUGGCAAUCGGGCGUCAGAUCCAACCUGUACCUUCCGUCGCUUUUCAGUCCGGUGUGGUAGAUCUACCUCUCGUUGCGACACCCUACCGUAGCCAGACUCCACCCGAGCUGGGAGAUCAAAACGCACAUCGUGCCACAAGGCGAGUCCUCUGGGAUGAGCACUCCAACGGGCAUUCAUGAUUUUUCUCAUAUCAGGCCUUCCUGGAAGUGAAGCCAAAACCAAACGACUUCCCUCUGACAGCCAAGCCGUAGAACCGGGCAAGGCAGCACAAGUACAGGAGUUAGUUGAAUACCCUUUGGUAGCUCACGAGAAGCAGCAAGCAAGUGUUUCCCCUCUUCAAGCUGCACCGCUUCCGAAGCCAAAGCUUCUCCAGCGCGAGUGCCUGCACUGUACUGUCAAAGAUCGGGGGCGUUGAUGUCUACUAGCUACAUUACAUUAGUACCGGUAUGUCAUGUACCAGUACCCAGCCUGUGGUACAGGUACUCGUGCUUCAAACAGCCUCCUGCAAAUCCAACCGCACAAUCAGCUUUGGUUAUGCUCCUGGCUUGGGAUGCCCCAGUUCCAUUCUUGCCAGCCUUUGAGACUACCUCGAUCGUCAUUAGAAAAUCGGAGACAGUCCGCAAGAGAAUUCGCCAUCUAGCUAGCGGCCAGGAUGGAGCCCAAGUAAUAGGUCCUGCUUCGUGGAGAGGCAUCGUGGAAACUGGGGCCGUGACAUCUUUCUGCGGCUGCGUAUAGUUUCUUGUUUAUCUUUAUCCUUUCCCAUAAGAUCAACCCAAUAUGAUCCGCAACGGGGGAGUUCCGUCACCAUUUCUGAUGCAUGGGCGGGAUGAGAGAAUCGAAUCUGAUGAGGCAUGAUGGUACGGUACCUUACCUUGGCUCUUGAGCUCUAGCCCUAUCCGUGAGGUUUCCUCGCGACUUAAUGAUGGGGGUUUCAAAGGGGGCUCGUUAAAACAUUUUUUGGCAGGGCUCUACUAUAAAACAAACAGUAGCAGGACCAAUUUUCAAUCAGGUAUACGGAGGCUUCUGAGCAGGCUGGCACAGCCAUGUUAACAGGCGCUCCUAUCAAUUUGUACAUUGAUCAAGGUAUCCAAGACAUUUGGAACGGAAUCCGAUGUGAAAAAGCUAUGGGAAGAAAAAAAGAUGGGGGUGAUCUACACCCGGUAACCUGAGAGGGGGAACCAACAGCCGGAUUGAUUGCUGUUGUUACUAUGAAUACCAGAACUGAUUACAGGGGGUACCAACCAUAUGCAAUACACGGCUCUUAGCCUUAUUCGCGACUCGAUCCUAGAUAGGGUUUGAGUUCGACUCAUGACUGAGUCUCUCGUGAAUAGUCAUCGAGACAGGGUUCUCAAUGACCGCUCUAGUCAUACUAGGUUGAUGAUGAAACAUCGCUCUAGAUAUUUAGCCAGCGUGGAGUACUUCCACGCUACUAGAUAAAUGCUAGACGAAUCUUCCACGCGUUCCGUUUUUGGAUCGUGGAAUGAGUAGGAUUGCUACCGCAACCUACUCUAUCACAAUCGACAGUCUCCCGCGGGAGUUCAGAUCUACGAUCCUUUGAUUGUGGAUCUCUCUCGUUGAUUAGUUUUUCAUA